AUGCAAAUGUCGAAAAUUGUAAGAAAAUGCUAUAAAGCUCUUAAGUUUAACGGUAAACGGUGCUACGAUAGGUUAGCAGAAUGUGCACAAACAGCUAAUAUCUUAUUAGAUGUUAAGCGUAUAAAUUCAAGGAUAAUUGAUGAAUUUUGCUUCAAUUAUAUAUAUGUAAUUAUUCCAUGUUUAGCUAACAAAAUAGUCAAAAGAGAAGACUCAAACUUCUUCAAUAAAAGCCUUAUUCAUAUUCUUCAACAUUGCAACAGCAAAUACAAUAUGAAUUAUUCCAAUACGAAGAAAAUGGUAGAAUUCCAAAAAAUUCAAUAUUUAUUCUUAUAUGGUUGCGCUUAUAACAAUGCUUCUAAUUUCAAUAAUACUUCUUGUUUCAAUAAACUGAUAAAAUACUGCGUCAAGAGAAAUCCACCAAAUCAUUUAUGCUUUCAUUGGCAGUGCAAUAAAUAUGGAAAAUACAAAAUGCUGAAGAAAUUUUAUAGUAAUAAAAAGAGGAAGAGAGAUAUAUUUAUCAAUGACACCGAAGAUUUCAAUUUCUUGACAACAAAUAAUGAAUUUGUUAUAUCUAAAACUGCCACCAAACUUCCAUAUUUUCUUCGCCGUGGUACCUUACCAUUAUCCGGUAUUGAUAUGCGGAAUACCGAUUAUGAAGACCGUAUUCUGGAUCCAAUUCGACAACUUACUCCUCGAUAA